AUGACUUUCUACAGGGACCUCUAUGACGAUGGUUUCUACUCCCAGUAUGGCUAUGAAGACCUCUAUGGUUUGGGGGGCCUGAAUGGCUUCCGAUUUGGGAGCCCAUAUGGCUACUACCGGGACCAGUACCGAUAUGGGAGCCCAUAUGGCUUCAGAAGCUUUGGGAACCUGUAUGGGAACAGAGGCUUGAACAGUUAUGGGGGCUACUAUGGGAACGGGGAUCUGUACGGAUUCGGGUCUGGCUACCCCUUCUUUUCUCAUUUUGGAAACAGAUACAACUAUUGAAGCUGCCAUCCAUGCUGAACCAGCAGAAAUAGCACCCAAGGAAUGAAAUGCAGGACACAGAUUCAUGGCUACGGUUACGGUGCUGAGAAACGCCAAGCACCCGUACCUCUGUCUGAGCUCAGGGGGACACAUGGGUGCCAGGCUGUGUAAGACUACCCCAUAGUUACCCUCUCUAACACCUCCUGUCUCUUCAACUAUUACUCUAAAGGGCAACUUGAAUUACGGCAAGUACUGAGGAACCUUUGCAGCAUGUUGAUGGAGGAAAGCAAGACUUUUAGGUGUGAGUAAGGUGCCUUCUGAGUUAAUUCAUGGCACUUCGUAUUGCCAUAGUAAUAGAAGUUUCUGCAACCACCAUGAACAAGUCCACUUUGCUCAGCUAUAAACUUCACCAAAGAUGACACCUCGUAGAGAAGCUCCUGCUGUAUAACCAUGCUGUCCCUCAUCCAUCAGUGAUUUACAACCAACUCUGCAAGCAAGAAACACGUCUGGACCAUCAAACUCCACCAUUUCCCCAAGCAGGGAGCACAGUCCAGCAUUGGACACACUCUGCUUGCAGAAGACCCUUUUGUAGAACUACAAACUUAUCCUUUCUGUUACUCACUGUUUCUCAUUUUCAUUAAAAUUAUUCUGU